AUGCCAACAAUAAUUGACGUACAAGAUGAUCAAGAACACAGCAAGACAAUUGAUUUGGGAAAAGAUUCAAUGACUGUGAAUCGUCAAGCUAGUAAUAAUGACGACUUGUAUGGAGUAAUUGUGAAUAGUGAGGAAGAAGCAUACAACCUCUACUGUGAGUAUGGUGCUAGAAUGGGGUUUAGUGUUCGGAUAAUGCAGAGGAGGAAAAGCAACAACGUUGUGAGACAAGUUAAUUAUGCCUGUUCAAAAGAAGGUUUUAAACUAGAUAGUGAUCCUUCAGAAGUGAAAAAGGCUGAUAGGUUGGACACUAGAUCUGGCUGCACAGCAAAAAUUCGAUUUGGAUUGCAAGAUAAUAAUGUAUGGAAAGCAACUCUCUUUGUUCCUGAACACAACCACAAGCUUGCAGAGCCAGAAGAAAGACCAUUUUUGCGCUCCAAUCAAAAAGUGUUAGAAGCUCAUAAGGGGGUGAUUAGAUCAAUGAAAAACGCAGGUAUGAGUACCAUAAAUACAUAUUCAUAUUUAGCAGAAGAAGUUGGGGGAUCUCAAAAUGUUGGAUUUACAAAGACUAAUUGUUACAAUUUUGUAAGCAGAGAGAGAAUGAUUAUGCUAGAAGCAGGGGAUGCUCAAAGCUUGAUCAAUUUAUUUAAGAAAAAGCAAAUUGAAGAUCCUAUGUUUUUCUACACCGUGCAAGUGGAUCAAGAAAAUUGA